AUGGCUGGCGUGAGACUGCUGUUUGUGUAUUUGUGUUUAUUAUCUGUGGCCGAUGUUCAAGAGGUAGUUCCAACAAAUGAGGAUGAUCAGCUUGGUGAUGAUGGCCAAAACACCGAAGAUACUAAUGAACUGGACAUAGAUUUAGAGGCCGCUUGUCCAGAAUUAAGCGGCCAAAUUAUCGGUGGGAGAGUAACUUCAGUGAAUCGACACCCCUAUCAAGUGUCUAUGGUUAUGAAUGGUAAUUCAUUCUGUGGAGGUUUCAUCAUCAGCCAGGAUUUUGUAAUGACAGCGGCUCAUUGCGUACAAAACACCGCUCCGAGUGCUAUAAGACUUCGAGUAGGAAGUACUCGCCGAGACACGGGCGGGAGAAUUGUUCGUGUUUCCCAAGUAGUGGUGCACCCACAGUACGGAAGACCGCAGUUUGAUAAUGACAUAGCUGUUCUACGGCUCGCAAAUCCUUUAACUUUCAAUGUGAAUAUACAACCCAUUAGACUGCCGACGUUACGACAACCCGUGCCGUUGGUGCGGCUCACUGUCACCGGAUGGGGACUGACUGUGCCUGGAGGCCGUCGUAUACCACGGAGAAUGAUGGAAGCCAAUGUUCCCGUGGUUCCCCACUGGUUGUGUCGACUAUCGUAUGGAGAUGCUCUGACAAAUAACAUGUUCUGUGGAGGUCACUUCCUCAUUGGAGGUGUAUCCUCGUGUCAGGGUGACUCCGGAGGUCCAGCUGUAUUCAGAGGAACUGUAUUCGGUGUUGUCUCUUUCGCUAGAGGCUGUGCUCUUCCUCUAUCUCCUACAGUUUUUACUAAUAUUGCUUCUCUGAGAAGCUGGGUAUACGAAAUGUUUCUAAUCGGUUAUCAGUUCAGGGUUCUAUCUCCAAUCUUCACGAUACACUGGGGCCUUCAAGCACGGAGGAACCGUCCUCUUUGGAGGGAGAAACAAAACGAAAAGAAUAGGAAACACUUCGAGACAUUUAAGAGGGAGCUCUUUGCGAGGUAUAGGAAAGAUCCUCUACAUUUAUUAAGAAAACCACAGCAGGGUAAAAAGACCUAG